CGUUUCGUUCAAGUGCUCUGCCCCUACAACCUCUCUCUGCUCUGCUCCGGCCGCCGCUCUCCGUGCAUUGCGUGAUAGGCUGAGAUGAGGAGCGGUCACCGUAUGGCGGGUGCGGCGGCGCUGGUGGCGGUGGUGUGCGCGUCGUGGGCGGCGGCGGCGGCGGCGCAGAAGUACAAUGCCAUCUUCAGCUUCGGCGACUCCAUCACGGACACGGGGAACCUCUGCACCAACGGGAAGCCGUCGCAGAUCACCUUCACGCAGCCGCCCUACGGCGAGACCUACUUCGGCACGCCCACCUGCCGCUGCUGCGACGGCCGCGUCAUCGUCGACUUCCUCAGCAGCAAGUUCGGGCUGCCGUUCCUGCCGCCGUCCAAGUCGACGACGGCCGACUUCAAGAAGGGCGCCAACAUGGCCAUCACCGGCGCGACGGCCAUGGACGCUCCCUUCUUCCGCUCGCUGGGGCUCUCCGACAAGAUCUGGAACAACGGACCCAUCAGCUUCCAGCUCCAGUGGUUCCAGCAGAUCACGUCCUCCGUCUGCGGGCAGAACUGCAAGAGCUACCUGGGCAACUCCCUGUUCGUGUUCGGCGAGUUCGGUGGCAACGACUACAACGCGAUGCUGUUCGGCAACUACAACACGGACCAGGCGAGCACGUACACUCCCCAGAUCGUGAGCACCAUCGCCAACGGCAUCGAGAAGCUGAUCGCGAUGGGUGCGACCGACAUCGUCGUCCCGGGCGUGCUCCCCAUCGGGUGCUUCCCCAUCUACCUCACCAUCUACGGCACCUCCAACGCCGGCGACUACGACGGCCUCGGCUGCCUGAAGAAGUUCAACGACCUAUCCACCAACCACAACAACCAGCUCAAGACCCAGAUCGCCAGCCUCCAGUCCAAGUACCCCAACGCCCGCAUCAUGUACGCCGACUUCUACAGCGGCGUCUACGACAUGGUCAAGAACCCCGGCAGCUAUGGGUUCAGCACGGCGUUCCAGACGUGCUGCGGCUCCGGCGGCGGCAAGUACAACUACCAGAACAGCGCGCGGUGCGGGAUGUCGGGCGCGUCGGCGUGCUCCAACCCGGCGGCGCACCUCAGCUGGGACGGCAUCCACCUCACCGAGGCCGCCUACAAGCAGAUCACCGACGGCUGGCUCAGCGGGGCCCACUGCAGCCCGGCCAUCCUCCACUAGCGAAGCAAAAGCCUCCCCCUCCCUCGAGGGCAGCGAAGCGAGCAAGAGGAAUCAACCAAUCGAUUAAAUAUUUAUUUUUUAAUCAUUAUAUGUGUUUAGUUGCCGGAGAAAAAAAGGGUCUCGGCAACUGUAGCAUGUGGAAUAAUGUCACCGUUCGUCCUUGCUGUAACUUAUCACCGGUUGUCAUCAGUUACAAAAUCAAUCAAAAUGGUACAGGUUUUCGUUCA